AUGUCCUCAAAGUAUAAGGGAAAGUCUGCAGCCGACCGGCCAGACAUUACCCGUGCAGCGUUGGACCCGGAACCGUCCACAAUCCACAGCAAGAUGGACUUGGUGUCCAAAACCCUCUUCGCGCCUUUCAGUAACAAGAAGAAAGAUUCCUCGCGCAUUUUUGCAGACCUGGCCCCCGUAAUAAUGACUCCCCGUAUGAUGAACGCCGCGGCGACGGUAUCCUCACGUUCGCGAGGUUCUCUUGGUGGCUCAGCUUCUGGAGGAUCCCGGUUAGACUUUGCAACCCUCGGACGCGCCCCAAUGCGUCUCACCCUAGGUAACCGCCGCAUCACCUCACGAGACCUGCAGAUCGCCGAGGCAACCGAUGAGCUCUUGGACGCAGAAAUCCCAGAAGCGGAGGGUGUCGCAUCUGAUGUGAGCUUACUUCGUGGUUUUAAUGCGACAGUUCCUAGUUCGGAGAAAAACCGGACGCGGCGCAAACAGAUGCGGAAUGUCGAGACGCCAAGGAUUGGGCUGAAAAAACUGGGAAUGAGUGCGAGAGGGCUGAUGAUGGAAGAUGAAGAGGAGCGAAGUGCCGCAAGUGAAGAGGAUGUGGUAGUGGUUUCGCGUCCCGAUGAGCGAAGAAAACGAAAGGGGAGGAGACGAGGCAGGGAGAGCCUUAGUGCAGCAAAGGCCCUCGGCAAGGAUGAACUUAGACGACAAACCCAGGAGAUACUACUCGACAAGGAGAAUCUCCAUGUUCGACGGAGUCUAAUAAACAGUGAAAUUGCGGAAAUAAACAAUAAAAUCCAAGCGCUGGACUCAAUACGUGAUAAACUCGAACAAGACCUUCUUAAAUUGCACGAGGAUGAAUUGGAAUUGGAUGAUGAGCUUGGGGGUGUGCAGGAACGAAUAGAAUUCGAGCAAGCUGCCUUCCGCCAGAGUGACAACGCCAACACUGCAGCGGCACCUCAUGUUGCCCCUUCGCGGCGGCGGAAAGGACCCGUUUUCCUACCGUCAGAACAUGACGAGCUCCCACCAGGAGUAGCAUUCAUGACCCUAGAAAGUCACCUCACACCAAUAACUGCCCUUGACUUCUCCGAGCCUUACGGGACGCUCGUAAGCGCAUCGCAAGAGGACUCUCAGCCACUACUUUGGGAUUUGAUGACAGGCGAUCCAAUUGGACGAUUGCGUGGGCAUCGCGGUGCCGUCAAAUGCAUACAAGUCGAAGAUAACCUUUGCUUGACCGGCGCAGAGGAUGGCACCGUGCGCUUAUGGGACCUUCGACUGGUAGACGAAGACGAAUGGGAGAGAGAUGGUCUUACUGAUGUUGCGGAGGAAGAUGAGGGCACCGCUUACGAUGGGGAACUCGUCGAAAAGCCAAAUGGAAUUCGGUCAAGUGAACCCAGCGAAGCAGGCACGGUUGACCGCACCGGACCUUGCAUCAGGACCUUCGAAGGGCACAGUAAGGCUGUUACUGCGCUUUACUUUGAGGACGAGUGUCUAGUCACUGGUGCUUCGGACAAGACACUUCGUCAAUGGGACCUUACGACUGGACAGUGUGUCAUGACAAUGGACAUCUUAUGGGCUAUUUCCCAUCCACAGCCCACGAUACCAGGCAAUGGUUUACCGAAUCACCUGUUGUUCCCAGGUGCCGCGGCCUCUGCAGGCCACUUCGCAGUUCCUACACCGCCUUAUGCAGACGGAAGUUGGGAGAUGUACCAAGACUUCGUGGGUGGAGUCCAGUUCUGGGGUUAUGGGCUCGUGAGCGGUAGCGGGGAUGGGGCGGUACGAAUGUGGGAUAUGCGGACGGGACAGGCUCACCGAACGUUGAUGGGACAUACCAGUCCCGUGACUUGUCUUCAGUUCGAUGAGAUGCAUAUUGCCAGCGGAAGUCUUGACAAGUCAAUACGGAUAUGGGACGUCAGGACGGGCGGCACAUUCGAAACCCUCGAGUAUGAUCAUGCCGUGACCGCGUUACAGUUCGACACCCGCAAGGUUAUUGCUGCUACUGGCGAAAAUGGUGUGAAGAUCUACAAUCGUACGAGUAUGCAACAUUCGUCUCUUCUCACGAAUGGACAUACGCAGCCCGUCGAGCGCCUACGAUACAUGGACCGGUACCUUGUAUCGGGUGGACGCGAUGCUACGGUAAAGAUAUGGACUCUAUGA